AUGCGUGCUCCCGCCGCGGUGUUUCUCCUCAGCCGAAGUAUUACUCUCCCGUUCGAGCAUAGUCACAAGCAGGAAGGGGAUUUUGACCUUCCAGAUAUGGCUGAAAACGGAGCUCAACCCUUCAACCAAGCCGAGCUCCUAGCCCAGAUGGCCGAGCUCCAAGCAGAAGUUCGAAGACUUGCCGAGCUCUCCACACAGAAUAAUGCAGGAAAGCACGAGGAGAGUAGCUCUAAAAGCUCGGCCUUGGGAAACUCAGACCCCUUGAGCAUCACCCUGCCAAAGGAAAAGUUGACGCUAGACAACCCCGUCUCCGAAGAAAUCACAAACUUCAAGAUGCCGAAGAAUUUCGUGUUGCCUAACUCCCUAGAGCCGUAUAAGGGGAUUGGUGACCCCCGAGCUCACAUUAAAAAAUUUCAAUCUAUGAUGUUCUUUAACGGCGCUAAUAAUGAACCUAUACUUUGUCGUUCUUUUCCCACUUACCUUGAUGGUGCUGCUUUACUGUGGUUCUCUAAAUUAUCUGCAGGAUCAAUUUCAUCCUUUGAGGACUUGGCGAGGUCUUUUAUUGACUACUUCGCUGCCUCGAGGAUAUACGUCCACGGAUCGGAUUACCUCGGGACAAUUAAGCAAGGACAACAUGAGAGCCUUAAAGAUUACCUAACCCGAUUCGCCGAAGCCACCAUGGAGAUUCCAGACUUGGACCCUAAAGUCCACCUACACGCACUUAAGACUGGACUCAGGCCUGGGAAGUUCAGAGAAAUAAUUGCAAUUACCAAACCCAAGUCGUUGGAGGAAUUCCGAGAGAGAGUUGCAGGCCAGAUGGAGAUCGAGGAACUACGAGAGGCACAAAAGCGGACAAAUAGCCGACCAGAAAGGAGGAAGAAAGGACGUUCAAGCCGCCGAGCAAGAAAGAACAAAAGAAACCCUUCAAGCUCACACCAAAAUUUGAUACCUACACCAGAUUCAACACAAAAAGGGGGAACAUAA